AUGAAAAAAACAAUAACUUAUUUUUCUUUUGCACUGGUAAUUCAGUAUUUUCUUACCACGUGCAGCCAUGAAAAGAAAACCGUAAAUUUAUUAAAAAGAACAUAUGCAUCUUUCCAAUCUUCCCCUUUAAAAAAUAAUAGUGGCAAUAGAAUUUUAUAUGAACUUAAAGAAUCUUUAUAUAACAUUGAAAAUGGAAAGCUAUUGGAUGAUCUUGCAUCAAAAGACAAUGAAAUCUUCUGGGGAAAAAAUCAUAUAUUACCUGAAAAUUCUAGAAGUGGCAGUAUUAAUUCACAACAGGAAAACAAUUUUUUGGAAAUAGGGACACCAGAAACAAAAAAAAACAAUCAAAGUGAAAAUAAAAGUCCAAAUGGAAAUUACAAAGAUUAUUUUGACAAACAUCCGAUUAAUGAAUGCAAGGAAAAAGAUAAAAAUGAAAUUCAUGCUUGGAUUUGUGAUGAUGAAAAACAAAAUUGCGUACCAAGUCGAAGAAUCAAUUUAUGUACUAGUAGAUUGGAGAUUAUUCCAGACAAAAUAGAUAUAAAGGAUAAUGAAAUGAAAGAAUUAUUAAUGGAUUAUUUUAAACAAUUUAUAUAUAAAGAUGCAGCACGUGAAGGAGAAUUGUUAUUAAAUAAAUAUAAUGAAAAAAACAAUAAUGAAUAUUGUAAUGAUAUGAUUAAUAGUUUUGGAGAUUAUAAAAAUAUUGUUGAAGGGACAGGCUUAAAUAAUGUAGCAAAUUCAAAUUUGUUAGAAUUAAAAAUCCAAAACAUAUUUGGAGCCAAUGAUAAUGGUAAAAGGGAUAGAAGAAAUUGGUGGAAGCGUCAUGAACAUAUUAUAUGGAAGGCUAUGGUAUUAGGAACAAAUUUUAAUGAAAACUCAAAUUAUAAUAAUAUUUGUAUUAAUUAUAAAUUAGAAGAUUAUCAUUCACAAAUUGAAAGAUGGACUAGAGAAUGGAUUCAAGAAUUCGGUGUACAAUACUUUAAAGAGGCAAUUAAAAUAAAUAAUAAAUGUACUAAGAAAAGUAUUAUAUCCACAGAAAGUAUAUGCAUUAAUAAUGCUUGUAAAGAUGAGUGUAAUACAUACGAGACAUGGAUAAGUGUAAAUAAAUCUAAAUGGGAUGCAUUAUUACAAAGAUUUUCGGAAUUUAAUAAAAAUUAUUUUAGUGAAGAAACUUGUAGAGACAAAGCAUACAAUUCUUUAAUGAUAGAAUUUAAAGAAGCAUACGAAGUUAACUUUGAAAAUGUUAUUAAUCUUGAUGAUGAUCAUUAUACAGAAUUGUGUGUUUGUUCUUCUGCUAGACCCAGUAAUACUGCUAUUAAUAAAAGUUUGGAUCACAAACAAACUCUCGAAAGUCAAAAUCCAACAGAUGCAUCACAAAAUAAUUUAUUGCCACCCUCUAAUACUAACACAAAUCAUGAUUUGUUUAAAGAAGAUGAUGAUGAUAAUAAUGGAUUUGACUUAUUAUCAUACAGUAAUACUGACGCCCAAAAUUCAAGAAAUAGCACAGCUACUGAGCAGGUUAGUGUUAAUGACGAGAAAAAUAAAUUAAAUCAAAAUGCAGAGAGCAAUAAUAAAUACGAAUUACAAAUUAUGGGAAAUCAUUCAAAUAGUGAUAAUACCUAUCACAACAUAAUUAUACCACCACAGGAGAAUCAUAUACAAAAUAUACAUACUUCAAUUCCUCAGUCUGUAACUAGCAAUCCAACUCUAAAUACAAAUACAAAUGGAAAUAUAAAUGGGAAUACGGAUGGAGAUACAAAUUCAACUCUAACUCCAAAUCUAGAUUUAAAUCCAACUCAAACUUUAAACCCAAAUGCUACAAACAUAGAGGUUAAAGAACAUCACUUUAGCACUAAUGGAACAGAAAAUAAAAAUACUAAGAAAGAACAAAUGAGCACAUCCCAAAUAAAAUAUAAUAAAGAUCCUAAACAUGAUAAUAUUAUAAGUGGAGAUGUUAGCAGAAGUAAUAAUGAUAUCAAUAGUGAAAAUGCCAAUAAAUUGGAAAUAUAUGAAUAUGAAAAUAGAAACGUUAAAAAAACCAGGGAAAAUAUAAUAAUGCUAGCCAACGAAAAUGUAUGCAAUGGGAAUCCCGGUUUAAAAUACUGUGAAUCUAUAAAUAAUAAAUAUUUUCAUGGAGCAUGCCCCAAAAGUCAAACCCAAAAUCUUUGUUGCUCAAUUUCAAAUUAUUGCAUAAAAUUUUUUAAUAUAAAUUCGAAUAACUAUUAUUCUUGUAUGAACGAAGAGUUUAUGGACCCAUCUUAUACCUGCUUUCAAAAAGGGAGCUAUUCAAAUCAAUACUACUAUGCGGCAGGAGGUAUAAUAUUUGUAAUUAUAUUCAUUUUUGCGUCCAUUGGUUUUUCUGGGAAUAAAUCCGAAGAAGAGGCAUUCAAUAAUUAUGAGGAAUACUUACAUAAAUCCUAUAAUCAAUCAAUGUUGAGUAACGGUUUUAAACACGUGCAAGAAUAUAUACCUGUAGAUUUUUAUUAA